AACAUGCUGCUCAGUGACUCUGGAUAUAGAUGUGAACACUAAGUACCAGACGAUAGAAGGCUUCGGCGGCGCCGUCACCGACUCGGCUGCUAUGAACUGGAAGAGUUUAUCCGAAACGACGCAGCAAUUUCUCAUUGAUUCAUAUUUCAGUACCAAUGGUAUAGAGUACAAUAUGAUUCGCGUGCCCAUCGGAGGUACUGAUUUCUCCACCCAUCCUUAUGCUUACAACGACCUUCCUGAGAAUGACGCGAAGCUCAGUAAUUUUUCGCUGGCCUACGAGGAUUAUCAGUAUAAGAUACCGCUAAUCAAGAAAGCGUUCGAAGCUUCUAACGACACCAUCCAUUUGAUAGCGUCGACGUGGUCACCUCCGCCGUGGAUGAAGACGAACCGCGCGUACACCGGCGUCAGUCAUCUGAAGACAGAGUUCUACCAGACUUACGCUGACUACCAUUACAAAUUUUUGGAAAAAUACACAGAAGCGGGUAUUCCCAUUUGGGCAAUCACUACCAGCAACGAGCCAAUUUCAGGAGCGUUGGGAAUGGAUGUAUUUAAUACACUUGGAUGGACGGCAUCAGCUAUGGGUAAAUGGAUUUCAGAAAAUUUGGGACCGACAAUUCGAAAUUCUACGUUCAAAAAUGUGAAAAUUCUCGUGGCUGACGACCAAAGGAUAGUCCUACCAUAUUACUUCAACAUUAUGCUCGAAGUGCACCCGAAUGCAUUGCCAUACAUAGACGGGAUCGCGGUACAUUACUACACUGAUUUCAUAACGCCAGCCAAAGUUCUGACAGAAGUUAACAAGAAUUACCCACAUAUAUUUAUUAUCGCCACAGAAGCUUGCGAAGGAAGUUUUCAAUGGCAAAGGGAACGCGUCGCGUUUGGUUCCUGGCAGAGGGGUAGGAGUUACAUCAAUAACAUUAUUGAAGAUCUAAACCAUAACGUAGUAGGUUGGAUGGAUUGGAACAUAUGUCUGAACCAGCAAGGAGGGCCAACAUGGGCUGAAAACAAUGUAGACUCUCCCAUACUAGUAAAUGCAGUGAAGGACGAAUUUUACAAACAGCCCAUGUUCUACGCGAUGGGACACUUCUCGAAGUUCAUACCGAGAGGCUCUAGGCGGAUAAAAGUCACAGAGAAGAAGUUCUUCAUUGAAAAAUCCGUGGAAAAUGUGGCGUUCUUGACACCUAACAAUACUAUUGUAGUUGUUAUGUAUAAUGAGUGA